UUGGUGAGGGGUCGAGGCGAAAAACAGAUUACUCAGCACAUAUUAUUAUUGUCUUAAAAAAGGUGGGAGGAGGAGACAGAGCAACUCGGUUUGAGAUGAUUCGUUUCGCGUUUGGUUUAAGGAGGUCAUUGGAUCGAGGCUACUGUGUUCAGGCUGGUCUUGGUGGUACUAGAGAGAAGAACUUGAUGAGCUACGCGGAGUCUGUACUUAGGAGUGCAGAUUGCGAAUUGAAGGCCAGCCAAACGAAAGAGGCUUUUGAAUGGAUUCAGGGGAUGAAGGGGAACAUGGAUAGCGCUGAAGGAGGGGGUGGUACAGAAUGGGUAUUGGGGCCGAGUCGAGUUGCAUUGGAUAUGCCAUCUAGGCCUAGGAAGCCCAUUCUUUUACCUCCUAGGGAGAUGCCGUCUCACAAACAAUUGAAGGUGCCGCUUGCGGAUUAUCUGUUGCACUGUCUGGCGCACGUGGAACUGAAUGCGAUUGACGUGGUUUGGGAUACGAUUCUUCGUUUCCGUUCUGAGCCGAGUGCGCUGCCUUUAUCGUUUUAUAUGGACAUGGUGUCGAUCGCGGCCGAUGAGGCACGUCACUUCACGCUGCUAUGCGCUCGUCUUCGCGCCAAGAAUUUGUCGUACGGGUCGCUGCCUGCUCACACUGGCUUGUGGGAGUACGCGGAGAAGACAAAAUACGAUUUCAAAGGUCGAAUUGCGACGAUGCAAUUAGUUCAGGAGGCUCGCGCUUUGGAUUCUUGGGACAGGCUCGUGACGAAGUUCAAGUCUCAGGGGGACCUGGAGAGCAGUCGGAUUAUCGAUCAGAUUUGUCGAGAAGAAAUUGACCAUGUCAAAAAGGGCUUGUACUGGUUUAAUUGGAUUUGUCGAAAGGAAAAUCUGGAUUCCGUCUUGACUUUUCGCGAGUGCGUUCGAAGUUACGUGGGGAAAAUUCCUCCUCCGUUCAAUGACGACGCGAGAGCGACGGCGGGCAUGUCAAGAGAAUGGUACGAUUCCCUUCAAGAAAAAUAA